GUAUCUGUUUUUCGCACAGAUCAUACCGGUUGUUUUUUUCUAUAUUUUAUGGAUUUCACUUUCGGAUCCUAAUUCCGAUUCAAUCUCAUCGCCGAUUGAGAACCGCCGGCUAAUCAAUUAGGUUUCAAUUACAAAUCGUGUAUAACCCGUUCCAUUCGAUUGGAGCCCCAAAUCUAAUGCCGAUGCAGCUUUCUUGGUUGACUCUGGGUGGUUGAAAGAAUGUCAGGCAUGGAGGAUGGAGCUGAAAAGUCAAACCCAUCCACACAACAAGAAGAGGAAGUUGUUAAAAAGAAAUAUGGAGGAAUGAUACCCAAGAAGCCACCUCUAAUCUCAAAGGUAAGUCAUAGUAUUUGUCUGCUAGAUUGUUACUGUGAUUGGUGGCACAGUAAAUAUCAACAUUUUUUUGUGAGUAUUGCCUCUAUCUGUGUUAUAAACCACCUCUUUUGUCUUCAGGAUCAUGAGCGUGCUUAUUUUGAUUCUGCUGACUGGGCUCUUGGAAAGCAAGGCGCAGAUAAGAAGCCCAAAGGUCCACUGGAGGCACUUCGCCCAAAAUUGCAGCCAACACAACAGCAAACGCGAUACCGCAAGUCUCCUUGUGCUCCAUCAGAAGGUGAAGAUGGAAUUGCUCCGUCGGAGGAUCCAACUGCAAAUGAAUGAGAAGGAGAUGUUGACUCUUUAUCGAAAUGUCAUAAGCUGUUUACAUAUCUGCUCUUAAGAAUUUUAAAAAAUAAAAAUGAUUCACGGGCUGUUUCAACUUUUACUUGAGGCUGGUAUUGUGUUGCUGUAACAUUGAUGUAGGAUAUUUCUUAUGCUGUCCAAAUGAAACGAGUUUCCUGUUUGGGUCUAUCCUUCCCAGGAAUUUAUUUUAGUACUAGAUGCUAAAAUGAUUAUGUUACUAUUAUUAUUUAUUUACUUGUAUUUGUGUUGGUAUUA